AUGACGCCUCGAGCUGCUAGUGAUCUAGCCUGUCACAUUUCCUGUGCGGUUCGAAGCAUUAAGGAGAAAAGUCGUAUUUAUGGUAGCGCAAACACAGAGGUUGAUGUGACCAAAGAGUAUAUACGUCUUUGCAUCAGACACAUUAUUGCUUUUCAGAAAGUAUCUCUAAUUGAGUAUAUUAAAUUUCGUGUGAAUAUUGCUUCCCAGUCGGUCUCGUGUCCUCGCAAGCAGCGUCCGGAAGCUCUCGCCCAUCCCGUGUUCCUUGGGAUCUCACUUGGUUUAGGAAUCUCGUCUGAAAGCUCUUGCUAUACAGGCAUGUUCUUCUCGUUUUGCCAACGGGAAUGCCGACCUGCAGACUCGACUUCAAGCACUAUCAAGUUAUGGCCGCAGGUGCUUGUAGCGCUGACUGCAUCGUUGGCUCACCUGUCACUCGGCACCGUGUUAGCGUACCCGGCCAUCGCUGUACCUCAACUAACUGAGCCGCUUCUUCCCGACCCAAGCCAAGACCCGCACAAAACCGGCGCGGGAGACCAGAAUCAGCGGGACAAGACGACGCUGCAGGAGACGUACGACCAAAGCCGCGUCAGGGAAUCUCCCCCUUUGGUUCUUCUACUCGACAACUCCACGGCUUCCUUGGACCGCCUGAACUAUACCCUGGCACGGCCUGAGGCGCCCUUGUCUCGGGAACCCCGCGCCCCCGAGGUCUGGCUGUCGCAUUCGCAGGCCACCUGGUUUGCCUCCGUGCACACGACGGGGGGGAUCGUGGGCUCCGUGGUGUGUGGACCUCUUGUCAGUAUGGUGGGUCAGCGGAGAGCCAUUCUCAUCACCUCUCCUUUCAUUCUGGCUUCGUGGCUGACCAUUUGGGCGACGUCCGUGUUCUCUCUCCUGGUCAGUGCUAGGUUGGUGUUGGGGAUCUGCAUCGGCGUGACGGGAACGGCCGCCCAAGUUUACAACGUCGAAAUCGCCCACGAGUCGGUCCGCGGCUGCCUCACCUGCCUGACGGAUUUCUUUGUCGGUUUGGGUCUCCUUUUCACCUACGCCCUGGGCAUGACCGGCCUGGGGUGGCAGUGGACGGCCUUCACGCUGGGUCUCGUCAUCACCCUCCCUCUCACCCUUGGCAUUGCGAUGUUCCCCGACUCGCCUCGCUGGCUGGCCACCAAGGGACGCAGAGAGGACGCCAGGAAGGCUCUCUCGUUCCUUAGGGGAAGCAACUACGAUGUGGCGUCUGAACUCGAGAACAUAAUGAAGGCUGGGAAUGGAGGGUCAAAAACCACGCUAGGGCAGCAAGUGCGUAGUCUGGAGAACCCUGUGGUGUACAUGCCCUUCCUGACCACCUGGGGUUUGUUCAUCUUCACUCAGUUCUCCGGCCCGUAUGUGAUGUACAGCUAUACCAUCUCCAUCUUCCAGGCCGCUAAAGUUGAUGUCAGUGCUUAUUUGGCGUCUGUCCUUGUGGGCGUGGCCAGAGUGGUGGGCUCUGUGGUCGGACUUGUAGUCGUGGAGCGCGCAGGACGCCGCCCUGCCAUGAUGGUGGGCGGCCUCGCCGCGUCUCUCUCCCUGUGCUGCCUCGGCCUCUACUUCUUCCUGCAGAAGGGCCAUGGAGGAUUUCCUUUUGGACAGUGGUUCCCUUUGGCUUCCAUAAUAUCGUACACCUUCAUUGUCGGAGCAACAAUAAGUCCCAUUCCGUUCUUGCUCUCGAGUGAACUGCUGCCUCUCUCCUUCAGGUCCCUAGGAUCUGCCGUGUCCAAGACGGUCUUCUUCAUAGCGAGUAUGGUGACAACGUUUUCCUUCCCGACGCUUAAGGAGAACUUAGGCCCGGAUGUCGUUUUCUGGCUGUACGCUGUCUCUGCCCUCUUGCUCGUCCUGUUGGUGUGGAGGAAACUUCCCGAGACGAAAGGCCGCUCGCUCGAGGAGAUCGAGGAAUAUUACAAAGGCAUUUAUACAUAAACUGACAGAGCAGGUCGACAUCGACUCUCAGUCUCCUGCCAUUUUAAAAGGAGCGUUGUAGGAAGUGACACGCCUGCAGGUCUCCCACGUUCCAGGCUGACGCGCGACCUUCACUGAUGUUAAACAUUGUGGUUUCCUUGCCCCCCUCAGCACACGCGUGAAAAUUGUGAUACGAUUGUAAGAAAUAACCAAAUGAUUUUCUUAUGUAAGCUUUUAUUACUGUUCGUU